UCUUUAGGGCAUUUACCACAACACCAACCAAUCAACUAACCAUGGCGUCGCCGGCGUUAACAACCGGUUACCGGAACCUCACCUCCCCGGUUUCUCUCCUGCGCACUUUAGCAUCCACCCGUUUCACCACCCCGUUGCUCCGUUACAAACACUCUCCACGUCUCACUUCUUCUUCUUCUUCGAGGAGACUCACUUGCUUGUCUUCACUUCAAAUCGACUCCACGAAUCAAACCACACUCUCCUCUUCUGGACACUUCGAUUACAAUCGAUUGGUGCCAUGUCCUGCGCACAACUUUCCUCCAAGGAUCGAGCACAUGGUUGUUUUAGAAGACGUUCGUGUCGCUGAUUACAUCUCUAAGGAAUUGAAUCUACCUCCUUUAUAUGUUGCAGACCUUAUCGAAUUUGGAGCUGUGCAUUACGCUCUUGUGUGCCCUAAGCCUCCACUCACCGCGACUCCUGAGCAAAUUAAGCUGUUUAAAGAAGUGACCUCUCCUUCGGUGCUGAGCAAGAGAACUUCCAUCAAAGGGAAAACCGUUAGAGAAGCUCAGAAAACGUUUCGUGUCACUCAUGUUAAUCAGUUUGUUGAAGCUGGAACUUACUUGCGUGUCCACGUUCACCCAAAACGCUCCCCGAGGUGUUAUGAAAUUGAUUGGAAGUCGCGGGUUAUUGCUGUGACUGACUCUUAUGUCGUUUUGGAUAAACCUGCCGGCACUACGGUUGGGGGAACGACAGAUAACAUAGAGGAGAGCUGUGCUACAUUUGCCUCGCGUGCAUUAGAUUUGGCUGAACCAUUGAAAACAACACAUCAGAUUGAUAACUGCACAGAAGGCUGUGUCAUCUUUGCUAGGACAAAAGAGUAUUGCUCUGUCUUCCACACAAAGAUAAGAAAUAAAGAAGUGAAGAAGCUCUAUCGUGCUCUUGCUGCUGCACCUCUUCCCUGUGGAAUAAUCUCACAUUAUAUGCGCCCUGUUAAUAUGGCUCCAAGACUCGUAUCCCAAGAUUCGAUCAAAGGCUGGCACUUGUGUCAACUUGAGAUUCUAGAAUGUAAGAAGAUACCUUGGCCAGAUGCAGCUACUGAGAAGGAACAUGGUAUUGAAGACUGUGGAUGGACUUCAAGAGACUCCGCUUACGAAUGUACAAUAAACCUUUUAACAGGGAAGACUCACCAGAUCCGGGCCCAGCUUGCAGCUUGUGGAGCACCGUUGGUUGGUGACUCUAUGUACAUGCCAGCAGCAAUAGCAGAGACGGUGAGUCCUGGGAUCAACCCUUACGGGAAAGGAAAUGAACAUUGCACAAUGGAGGAGAAUGAUAAGGAGACCGCUGUUUCUGAAUGGAUUGAGAGGCAUGGGAAGGAACCGAAGGUUGGAAUAGGUCUUCAAGCUUGUCAAAUCUCGUGGGAGGAUGAUGAUGGAGAGCAUUUCUAUGAAGCUGGGACUCCUUGGUGGAGAUGAAACACGAUAGACUCAAUCUCUAUACCUCACAUGUUCUUUAACAGUAGGAGCAGACAAAGUGGCUGAGAGAAAGAUCGAGCAAGAAUCUCUAUGUAGCCAUCUUGGUUGUAAGGGUAGAGUAGAGGCUAGGGAAACUCCAUGAACAACUCUCACUUGUAAUUCCUUGAGCUUAUGUCAUCUUCGCUGUCAUGCAGAUUAGAGGUGGAGAAUUGUUCUUUUUUGUUAUAAGAAAUGAAAAUGUCUCUGUUUAUUUGGAAGUUGUAACAAUAUUUUAUUUGCUUUGUUGAAGAAAUCAAACAAGAAAUACAAACAA